GCCGUCUCCCGCUGCCCGCCAACUGACAACGUGACUGAGUUUCGUCGCAGACCUUUUGAUUUUCGCCAUCUAUUGAAAAUGCCGGACAGUUGUUGUGCAGUUGGAUGCACUAACCGACGGGGAAACAAACCCGGACUGUGCUUUUACCGCAUCCCUUCAGAAAGAGACAACUUAGAGAGGAGGAGAUGGUGGAUUUCUGCCAUCAGACGGGACUCUGUGCCCGGGGAGAGCAAACAGUGGCAGCCAUCGAAGUACACACGCAUUUGCAACGAACAUUUCAUCAAUGGUGCCAAAUCUGAUGACCCGCUGUCCCCCGAUUGGGUUCCAUCUGUCUUCUCACACACACCAGCCACCAAGAAGAGGAAAAGAGAGAGAGACAUGGAAAGGUACGACCACCACAGCAGGAUGAAUAACAAAAGAGCGGAGGAGAAAAAGAAGCAAGAAGCAGUGGAUGUCCUCCUAGAGUUGUCAUCAGUGCCAGAAGCUGAGCCUGCUCCGCCUGCUGAGGAUGAACAACGGUGUGACAACAGACCUUGUAAGGAAAAGACUGAACGAUUACAAAGGGAAUGUAAUGAACUCAGGGAGGAAAACGAAAGGCUGAAGGACACAAUUAGAUCGGGAACAUUUGAUGAACUGGCUUUUGAAGAAGCAGAUGAAAAAGUGAAGGCGAUGACUGGAAUCCCCACAUAUUCCAAGUUACAAGUCGUGUUGACGUUUGUGAUGUCGUUUUUGCAGACCGGUACAGACCUCUCUCCCUUUCAGCAACUGCUGCUAACUCUUAUGAGACUGAAAAUGAACCUUCCCCUUUCAUUUCUUGGUUGUAUUUUUAAGAUCUCAAUUCCAACUGCCAGUAGAACAUUUAGAAACACCAUUGAAGUGUUGAACGCGAGGCUCGUUCCAGCACUUGUGUUUUGGCCAAAUCGAGAAGAGCUCCAGCUGUCGAUGCCUACGGUAUUUAGACAGGUCUUUCGCAAAUGCGCCUGUAUUAUUGACUGCUUUGAGAUUUUCAUUGAAAAGCCUAGAGACCUAAGACCAAGAGCACAGACAUACUCGAAACACAAACGCCACCAUACCAUGAAAUAUCUAAUUGGCAUAACACCACAAGGAACAGUUUGUUUUAUAUCAAAAGGAUGGGGAGGCAGAACAUCGGACAAACACUUGACUGAGAGCACUGGAUUUUUAGAUCACCUCAACCUCGGUGAUGUGAUACUAGCUGAUAGAGGGUUCGAUGUGGCAGAUUCAGUUGGUCUGUACAAUGCCGAGCUUAAGAUCCCAGCUUUUACUAAAGGGGAAAAGCAACUGGGUCCAGUGGAAUUGGAGUCAACACGAGGACUUGCAUCAGUCAGGAUCCACGUCGAGAGAGUUACCGGCGAGGCGAGGAAUCGGUAUACCGUACUUCAAAGUACGUUUGGAAUUCAGAUGUGUGAAGCCGAGCAUCCUAAAGGUCUUACACCUCUAGAUAAAGUAGUCCAUGUGUGCUGUGCACUGACAAAUUUAGCUCCGUCGGUCGUUCGAUGGAAUUUUUUAUUUCCGUCAAUGAAACAAUGACAAUGAAAAUGAUGAAUUCACACUUUUAAUCAUAAAUAACUGAUUUCAUGUCAAGAACUUCCUGUUAGAAUAUUAAAAAAAAAACAUUUAAGGGUAACAUUUUUUACAGUAUGUUAUCAUUACACAAGCAUAUGUGCCACAGAGAGACACUCCAAGUCUAUAUAACAAAACUUGUUUGAUUCAUGCUUCUGUUAUUAG